CGUUUCAUCUUUAUUAAAUAUAUAUAUCAUUGAUUUUAUUAAUCGCAAAUACUUUAAUUUUAACAGCUUUAUAGUUUGGAGAUAUCUCUUAAAAUGAUGGAUCCUGGUUCACCUAGCAGCCCUGACCAUCAACACAAUGAUAAAGGGAACCAUCAGAACCAUCAUCCAGAGAAGGGAGCUGAAGAAGAAUUUCAUCAUCAAGAAUCAGAGCCUUCCUUCCAUGGGCUAGACACCGGAAUGAGCUUUGUAAGAACUAUUGAGAAGAGAAUUAAGAACUUUAUGCAUAGAAUUGAAGAUGAUUACGAACAUCUCCAGGAAGAGCUUGUGGAGAAGAAUGCUGAACAUGAACAUCUAGCGAGGGAGGUUCAAAGCCUGGACCUGACUCUACUUGAAUUACAAAGAGAAAAAUUAAGGAUGAGUAGAGAGUUGGCCCAGUUAAAGUGCAACAAGCUCAGACCCGCUUUAAUGCAAGUCCCUGUAGACAGACCUGGUUGUCUGGGGAUAGAGCUGGGUACGUGGGCUGAGAUGGAGAACACGUUAAAGAAGGAAGACAUGAAUGUUUUGUUUACUCAGAGAUUUAUCUUUACUCAGAAAUCUAGGAUUUUAACUCAGCUGGAGGAAUUCAAGAAAGAGACUGCUGCCAGUGAUGAAAGAUCGGAAUUUGGACUUGAUGCGCUCAAUGUUCGGGCAACAAAAAUAGAACUAAACAAGAAGCUUGAACACUUUUACAGUACUCGUGUUGAGAACCUGAAACGUAUAACCAAGAACCAGGAGACUGACAUUAAGCAGGAGGAUCAAACUAGAGCUAAAUCUAAACCAGAAAAUCCUGAUGCUGGGGAUUCAGGUCUUGAUAGUUUGGCAUCCAUUCAUCCUGAAGAGGAAUUGGAAGAAGGAGUGUCAGAACAAACUUCAGAAUCAAGUACAAGAAGAGAGGGUUCUGGAGAAAACGCAGGAUCAGGAUUGGUAGUUUCAUACGAGGAUACUUUUGUAAAUCUAAAAUUGAAAAUGGUGGACGAGUGCAAGCAACUUGAAUAUGAACUCAUGGAAAUCAAUGAUGAGGAGGAAAUAUUGGAGACCUUAACGAAGGAGCGGCAGGUUAUUCUGGAAAAGCUACGGGUUCAAGUUAAUGUAAUGAGGAACAAACAGAAAGCCAAGAAGAUUCGUCUCCAGAAACAUUUGGAUAACAUCAAAAGCAAGAUCACUAACUAAAUUACCAAAAAAAAAAACUAUUGAGGAAUUGAGGAGUAUCAUUAUUAAUUAUAAACGCGGGUUUGAGGACUUAAGUUAAAUUUCUAGUGUUAACUUGAAAAAAAUUGAUAUUCGAAGUUAAAACUUAAUUUAUGUUAAUAGACUCUCUAAAUAUUAUCAUCCAAGAAUUGGAAACAACACAAAAGUGUCAACAACUUAACAUGUUCAAGAAAAACAUCAAAAUGUCGUCUUUGGGUUCUCAAGGAAAAAUCUCGCAACCUUUCUCCUUAUUAAACUAGAGCCUGGGAGGUGGAUUGGAGAGCAGUGUACAAACAGCUUGUUAAAUCAAAAACGAUUAAAAGUGCAUUUUCUCUUUUUUUCAUAUGUUAAAAUUGAUUUUGAUACCAUGUUAUAGAGAAAAUAGAGUCUAUGGGCACCACAAUUUAUUUUUUUGAACGGUUUGUGUAAUUAUCAGUUUUAUACAUGCAAUUUGUUUAAUUUUCUUAUUAAAGUUCACGAUUUUUUAAGGAAAUGUGAUGUAAUUUUUUAGUCAAAUCAAAAUCAUGGAUAAUCCUAAUAUAACGUUUUUUUCCAGUUUUGAACGACAACUAAACUGUACGUUUGGAUUUUUAAAAAAUUGUUAUUUUUGUUUCAGA